AGGACUGUUGGGGAAUAGGGCGGAACCUAGCUGGGCGAGGCCCGAUGGGGGCGGGACCCCAAGGGGCGGGCGGGACUGGACUGCAGCCACCACCGCCCGCUGCGCACUAUCCCUCCUUCCCUCCCGAGCGACUCUUGGCCGCUGAGCUUUCCAGAGCAGCUGCUGCAGAGCCAUGGCGCCACCCUGGGUGCCUGCUGUGGGCUUCACGCUUGUGCCCAGCUUGGGGGGCUUCAUGGCCUCCCAUUUCGUCCGCGGCGAGGGUCUGCGCUGGCAUGCCUCCCUGCAGAAGCCCUCCUGGCACCCACCUCGCUGGACACUGGCCCCCAUCUGGGGCACACUCUACUCGGCCAUGGGGUACGGCUCCUACCUGGUGUGGAGAGAGCUGGGGGGCUUCACAGAAGAGGCGGUAGUCCCUCUAGGUCUCUAUGCUGGGCAGCUGGCCCUGAACUGGGCGUGGCCCCCCAUCUUCUUUGGGGCCCGACAGAUGGGUUGGGCCCUGGUGGACCUCCUGCUGGUCAGCGGGGCAGCAACGGCCACGGCUGUGGCCUGGCAUCGUGUGAGCCCACCGGCUGCCCGGCUGCUGUACCCUUACGUGGCCUGGCUGGCUUUUGCCACCGCACUCAACUACUGCAUAUGGCGUGACAAUCCUGGCCGGCGUGGGGACCGGCGCCUCGCAGAAUGAGGAUCAUAACCUGCCUGCUGGCUACUGCAGCUGGUACAGGCCGGGUUCACUGCCACGGGGCUUACCGAUCUGCAUGGAUCCCACCCCAAGGGUCACCAGCGGCUGCAGCGGUGGCCUGGGAGCCCUCACAAGUGGAUGGCAGCCUUUGCUUUCUGUACUGUCCACACUGUGCUCCUGGAGUGUGGGAUUUUUAAAGUCAAAUAAAAUGUUUUAACCUAGA